CUAACGACUGUCUGCAUUGCGCACGAGCAGAGCACGCGCCCAGGUGAGAGCUGACAGGUGUUCUUGAUUGGAGAGCAGCAGGUGUUGAAAUCGACCACAGUGGAGGAGAACAUCCCGUUUGACUGAAAAUAUCGCGUUAAAGCAAAGACAUUUAUAGAUUUAUUAUAGAAAAGCAACCAGCACAGAAGCGACCAUGUUCGGUGUGAAGCUGAGCGUGGUCCUCGUGCUUCUCCUUGGACUGGCGCACCGUGGCGUUGAUGGUGCGUGCAGUGUGGAGCACUGCUCAAACAGCACCAGAUGUGUUCUGUCCAAAGACCAGAGGAGCUGCAAGUGUGCCCACGGAUACUACGCUGACAAGUGUGACCACAAUGCAGACGUCAAAGUGAUUUGUGGUAAAGACUACAUAACAAUCAGAGCUCUGGAGGAUUUCUUCAAGUAUCACAACGUGCCGCUGCAGUCUCUUCACCUGCCCAACAAAUCGUGCCGUGCUCAGAGGGAGGUGAUCGAUGGUGCAACCUACUACAUGUCCAGGAUAUCCAGAGACCAGUAUUUAGCGUGUGGAGGCAGGCCUUUAGAGAAAAACUUCACUCACAUCUUGUACUCUCUGAGUCUCCUGUCAGAGCCUCAGGUUACUGGAAACAUCAUCAGAGAUCCUGUCAUUAAGAUGGACUACACGUGUGUCUAUACGUACUCCAGGACAGUGAGCCUGCCUUUCCCAGUCGUCCCCUUUUCCACUGAGACAGUGAUGCGUGUGGAUGAUCUAGACGCCACAGUGCAGUUGAUGUUGUACACAGACCGCUCCUACACCAAGGCCUACAGCAGUGCCCCCACCAUCGAACUCAGAGACAAGGUGUAUGUUGAGGUUACGGUGACGGAGCCUGCAGAUUUCUUCCUGCUGCUGGUGGAUGAGUGUUGGGCCACACAGUUUCCCCAGCCGAACACCACUGAGGGAUCAGCUCACUCCCUGCUGCAGAACGGGUGUGUGAAAGAUCGGACCGUGUCCUUUCUUAACACGACGGAGGGACAGUCAGGACAUAACGGAGGAAGUUCAACCAUCCAUUACAGCUUUGACAUGUUUCGCUUCACAACAGAACCUCAUGAACUCUACCUGCACUGCACUGUUCAGCUGUGUGAGCCCGUCGACUACAAGUCCUGCACGCCUAGCUGUAAUUCCAUCAGUAAGAGAGAAGCUGUGAGAGCAGGACCUGCCCAGAGUCUUCUGUCCUACGGACCCAUCAGAGUCGAAGUACCAGACAGACCUCCAUCCAGUGCGCUGAUGACGGUGGUGCUGCCCGUAGUAGGUGUGUGGGCCGUGGGCUUCUUCCUCAUCGUCCUCAUCACUGUGGCGAAAGCAGGCAACAGGAGGCUCUCACACAAAGAGGAGAACACACCGUAGUACUGCUACUGAAAGCAGCUUUAAUAAAACUUUUAAAUAUGCUUAAA